ACCCACUCCCGCGCCCCACCCCCGGAGGAACUGUCCCGGAACCUCCCGCCCAGCCCAGAAGAGGAACCUCUCCCGCAGGAAGCGUGCGCGCCAGCACCGCCGGGCUCGUUCCCGUCGUAGGCGUUUCCCGACCCGGGCAGCGUGGGAGAUCCCCGCGACCACUCCCCGGGCUCGCUCUGCAGUUUCCGGGACCCGCCUCUCGGCGAACGCCGCGCACUUCCGCGUUUCUAUGGUAUUGACUUCCGCCGCGAGCCAAACCUCGCGAUACUUCGGCGGCGCAGCAAUGGCGAGACCGUGAGUGCCGCAAGCGGGAGUCUGGAGAACAGGCUGGGACGGGGUUCGGGCGAGAUCGAGCCGGGGAAGACCCGCCACUCGGGGGCCGCUUGCAGCGGGGUGGCAGCCUGGGGCGCGAAGCCCCUCCGGGCCCCGACGGCCGCCCGCGACCGAGCUCCCGCCUCUUCCCCAGAUGCCGCGUCACUGCUCCGCCGCCGGCUGCUGCACACGGGACACGCGCGAGACGCGCAACCGCGGCAUCUCUUUCCACAGGCUCCCCAAGAAGGACAAUCCAAGGCGGGGCUUGUGGCUGGCCAACUGCCAGCGGCUGGACCCCAGCGGCCAGGGCCUGUGGGACCCGGCGUCCGAGUACAUCUACUUCUGCUCCAAGCACUUCGAGGAGAACUGCUUUGAACUGGUGGGAAUCAGCUGCUCUGAGGGCCGAGGGCCCACAACUCCAUUUUGCCCACCUCCACCUGCUGACAUCACCUGCUUUCCUGUGGAAGAGGCCUCAGCACCUGCCGCCUUGCCUGCCUCCCCCACCGGGAGGCUGGAGCCUGGCCUCAGCAGCCCCUUCUCAGACCUCCUGGGGCCCCUGGGUGCCCAGGCAGAUGAAGCAGGCUGCAGCACCCAGCCUUCACCUGAGCGGGAGCCAGAGCGACAGCCGUCUCCGCUGGAGCCGAGGCCCAUCUCACCCUCAGCCUACAUGCUGCGCCUCCCUCCGCCCGCUGGAGCCUACAUCCAGAAUGAGCACAGCUACCAGGUGGGCAGCGCCCUGCUCUGGAAGCGGCGGGCUGAGGCUGCACUCGAUGCCCUGGACAAGGCCCAGCGCCAGCUGCAGGCCUGCAAGCGGCGGGAGCAGCGGCUGCGGCUGCGGCUGACCAAGCUGCAGCAGGAGCGGGCACGGGAAAAGCGGGCACAGGCCGAUGCCCGCCAGACUCUGAAGGAGCACGUGCAGGACUUUGCCAUGCAGCUGAGCAGCAGCAUGGCCUGAGUGAGGGCCGCCCGGCAGGGCCUCAGCCUCUUUCUCCCUCAGUAUCCACCUUGAGAGGAUCUGAUCUGAGCUGCGUCCACCAGCCCUGCCAGAUGCCAUAAUAAAGUGGAUUCUAGAAAGAA